AUGCAUCUCGUACCAAAAGAGCUCGAUAAGCUCGUCAUCUCGCAACUGGGCUCCAUAGCGCAGCGGCGGCUCGCCCGGGGCGUCAAGUUGAACCACUCCGAAGCAACGGCAUUGAUCGCAAGCAACUUGCAAGAGCUCAUCCGCGAUGGCAACCACACCGUCGCCGACCUCAUGAGCCUGGGCGCCACCAUGCUGGGCCGGCGGCAUGUGCUCCCUUCCGUGUGCAGCACCCUCCAUGAGAUCCAGGUCGAGGGUACUUUCCCCUCGGGGACCUACCUCGUGACGGUCCACAACCCCAUCGCCACGGAUGACGGGGAUCUCGCCCGCGCCCUGUACGGCAGCUUCCUCCCCGUGCCGAGCAACGACCUCUUCGCCAUGCCCGAGGUCGCCGCCUACGAGCCCAAGCGGGCCCCCGGCGCCGUCGUCACCGCCGUCCGCAAGGUGGCGCUCAACGGCACGCGGAAGCGCAUCCGCCUCAGGGUGAAGAGCAGGGGCGACCGCCCCGUCCAGGUCGGCUCGCACUACCACUUCAUCGAGACGAACCCGCAGCUCGAGUUCGACCGGGAGAAGUCGUACGGCUACCGCCUCGACAUCCCCGCCGGCACGUCGGUGCGCUUCGAGCCCGGCGACGUCAAGACGGUGACCCUCGUCGAGAUUGGCGGUAACAGGGUCAUCCGCGGCGGCAACCGGCUCGCCUCGGGCGGCGUCGAGCUGUGGCGCGCGGGCGAGAUUGUCGAGAAGCUCCAGCUGGCCGGCUUCGCGCACGCGCCGGAGCCCGAGGCCGUCAUGGACUUCGCCGAGGCGUACCAGAUGGAGCGCGCGGCGUACGUGACCAUGUUCGGCCCCACCGUCGACGACCUCGUCCGCCUGGGGAGCACCGACCUGUGGAUCAAGGUCGAGAAGGACUUCACCGUGUACGGCGACGAGUGCAAGUUCGGCGGCGGGAAGACGCUGAGAGAGGGUAUGGGCCAGGCGACGGGGCGGCCGGACGCCGAGUCCUUGGACAUGGUCGUCACCAACGCGCUCGUCGUUGACUGGACGGGCAUCUACAAGGCCGACAUUGGCGUCAAGGACGGUAUGAUUGUAGGGAUCGGAAAGGCGGGUAACCCGGACGUCAUGGACGGCGUGACGCCUAACAUGGUUGUCGGCAGCUGCACGGACGUCGUGGCCGGCGAGGGUAAGAUCAUCACGGCCGGCGGCGUCGACUCUCACAUCCACUUCAUCUGCCCUCAGCAGGCGAACGAGGCCGUCGCGUCGGGCAUCACCACGAUGCUGGGCGGUGGCACUGGUCCUAGCGCCGGCACGUCCGCAACGACCUGCACUCCCGGCAAGAACUACAUGCGCGAGAUGCUCCAGGCCUGCGACUCGCUGCCCUUGAACAUCGGUAUUACCGGCAAGGGCAACGACUCGGCACCCGAGGCCCUGCGCGAACAGGUCCUCGCCGGCGCCUGCGGCCUCAAGCUCCACGAGGACUGGGGCACCACGCCCGCGGCCAUUGACUCGUGCCUCAGCGUGUGCGACGAGCUCGACGUGCAAUGUCUGAUUCACACUGACACGCUCAACGAGUCUGGCUUCGUCGAGUCUACCAUCAACGCCUUCGCCGGCCGCACCAUCCACACCUACCACACCGAGGGCGCCGGAGGCGGCCACGCGCCGGACAUCAUCUCCGUCGUCGAGCACCCCAACGUGCUCCCCUCGUCCACGAACCCCACCCGCCCCUACACGCGCAACACGCUGGACGAGCACCUCGACAUGCUCAUGGUGUGCCACCACUUGUCCAAGAACAUCCCCGAGGACGUGGCCUUCGCCGAGUCGCGCAUCCGCGCCGAGACCAUCGCCGCCGAGGAUGUGCUCCACGACCUGGGCGCCAUCAGCAUGAUGUCGUCCGACUCACAGGCCAUGGGCCGUUGCGGCGAGGUCAUCCUCCGCACCUGGAACACGGCGCACAAGAACAAGGUGCAGCGCGGGUUCCUGGCUGAGGACGAGGGAACGGGCGCCGACAACUUCCGCGUCAAGCGGUAUGUGUCCAAGUACACCAUCAACCCUGCUGUCGCGCAGGGCUUCGGGCACCUCGUGGGGAGCAUCGAGGUCGGGAAGCUCGCGGACUUGGUUGUCUGGGAUCCGGCCUGGUUCGGCACAAAGCCAACGUUGGUCAUCAAGAGCGGCCUCAUCGCUUCGGCACAAAUGGGCGACCCCAACGCAUCGAUCCCCACGGUCCAGCCCAUUAUCGCGCGGCCCAUGUUCGCGCCCCUCGUCCCCGCGUCGUCGGUGCUGUUCGUCUCGGAGGGCUCCAUCAGCUCCGGCGCCAUCGCGUCCUACGGGCUCCGGAAACGCGUCGAAGCCGUCAAGGGCUGCCGCACCGUUGGAAAGAAGGACAUGCGGUUCAACGACAGCAUGCCGAAGAUGCGCGUCGACCCGGAGAGCUACGUCGUCGAGGCCGACGGCGUCGUGUGCGAGGCGGCGCCAGCCGAGACGCUGCCGUUGACGCAGGCGUUUUACGUGUAUUAA